AUUUCGUGCACUGCUCGUGUGGAAUCCAUUUUUCCUUAUCUACGCAUGAACGCUGUACGAAGGAGAAAAGUGAUUAAUUCGAACUAGAAAGACACCAUUUGUUACUUGCAGGUAGUGCAUAUACAAAAUGGGAUCACAAUUUUUUAAUCGACUAGGUCAGUUCGGAUUAGGACUAAGUCUUGUCGGUACUGCUGUUAGUACUGCGCUAUAUAAUGUCGAUGGAGGACAUCGAGCUGUCAUCUUUGACAGAUUUGUUGGUAUCAAAAGUCUUGUAGUAGGAGAAGGAACACAUUUUCUCAUUCCUUGGGUACAAAAACCUAUUAUCUUUGACAUACGUUCAAGACCACGAAAUGUUCCUGUUGUUACCGGUAGCAAGGAUCUACAGAAUGUGAACAUUACUCUUCGUAUUCUCUUUAGACCAAUACCUGAUUCAUUACCUAAGAUAUACAAUGUUUUGGGUGUUGACUACGAUGAGAGAGUAUUACCAUCUAUUACAACUGAAGUAUUGAAAGCUGUUGUCGCACAAUUUGAUGCUGGAGAAUUGAUUACUCAGCGUGAAUUAGUAUCUCAAAAAGUUAGCGAAGACCUAACAGAAAGAGCUACUCAAUUUGGUCUUAUCUUGGAUGAUAUAUCUAUUACGCAUUUAACUUUUGGAAAAGAAUUUACCCAUGCUGUAGAAUUGAAACAAGUCGCACAACAGGAUGCAGAAAAAGCUCGUUUCUUAGUAGAAAAAGCUGAACAACAGAAGAAAGCUGCUAUUAUUACAGCAGAGGGUGAUGCUCAAGCUGCUAGUUUAAUAGCAGAAUCUCUUGGCAGUGCUGGUGACGGUCUUGUUGAACUUAGAAGAAUCGAAGCUGCUGAAGACAUUGCAUUUAAUUUAGCAAACUCUCGACAAAUAACAUACUUACCUUCUGGUCAAAAUGUAUUGCUCAACUUACCUCAGUAAAGAAAAAAGGUGAAUUGAUCAGUAUAUAUACAUUUACAUACAUAUAUAUAUAUAUAUAUAUAUAUAUGAAUAAGUUGAGCAUUUAUAUCGUGAAGGAAGAUAUUCGAGUACUGAUAGCAUAUUCAAUGUGGCAAAUAAUUCCCUGAAAGUGUUGCAUAGCAGAUAUAUAUAUAUAGAACAAUAGAAUUUCAUAAUACUUUCAAAUUAAUUUGAAAAUUUGUAUUUCUUUUUUAAUAAUCAUAUAUACUCUUAUCCCUUUUAUUGAACAUUGUACAUAUCUUUGGAGAUUAAUCCUAUACCGAAUUAACAAUAUAGCCUAUCAUUUUUAAGUAACUAAUACUUAAGUUUUAAUAGCAAGAAAUAGCGAACAAAACAAAAAUUGUUCGCAGCAAAGAAAUAUUGUCUUUAAUUGACUAUUUAAUGAUUCUGUCGUUCAUUAAUCAUUUACGAAUAAUUUGAAUAUUUUUCUAUAAAUAUUUUUCAUGAAUAGUUAGGAAUUUUCUAAUUUCGUUGCAUUUGUAUAUUCACGAUACUUGUGAAUAAUGAAUGUAACAAGACUAAUGAUACAGCAAUAUGCACACUGUUAAAAAAGUUAUUUGGGAUAUAAUAUGCAUAUAAAUAAAACCGUUAUUAAUUUGCCACUAUGAGAUAGAAACUGAAAGCAUAUUAAUAAAAUAAUAAUUACGUAUACAAUAAUUAUACAUUCGCUAAUGAACUUGUAUCGAAGUUUUUCUUUGCUUGAGAUAUAUAAUUUUGAUAUUUUAUUACAUAGUUUCCAUAAGAAAGGCAUUCAUUUUCAAAGAUCAUAUUGCAUUUUCACAUUCGAUACGAUGUUUCUUUAAUUAUAAAAUUCAUCUGAUGGUUCAUCUCCAAUUAAAUGUUCCUUCUCUUAAGAUCAUAAAGUUCGAAUUCUUUAACACAUCGAGAAGGUCGUGCAACGUUGUUCUUUGAUCGCUUAUUGCGACCGGUCGUGCAGCGAAUCAUGAUGAUCAAUCAAGCAACCGAAAUUGAUGAGAGAUUAUCUCAGUCGGUGUGCUUUCGUCUCGCGUCUGUCGGCAGAACCUGUUAACAGAGAAAACAAUCCAUCACAAUUUGCCGAUCACCGCGGGGUACCUUACACAGGUGGUCUUCGGUAAAAAUUCAAGUUAUAUAUCCAAGAAAAUUUACCGUAGAUUGUAACAUAUAUAAGCUGUUGCUUCUGUGUAUAAAACAUUCAACAAAGUAUGAGAAAAGAUA